UGCAUCAUGCCGGCUAUAAGAAGUUGCCGUCCUGAGUUGCAUGGGUGAUCACAAAAUCAACCAGAAAUAAUGGCGACGACGAUGCAGGGACACAGCGGACCCAGGCUCUUCGGCCGGGAGAGGACGCUCCACGCGGCGCUGGGUGGCCGGAGAGCGGCGGACAUCAUCCUGUGGAGGGACAAGAAAGCGUCGGCGUCCAUCCUCGCGGCCGCGACGGCGGCGUGGGGUCUGUUCGAGGUGGCGGAGUUCCAUUUCCUGACGCUGGUCUGCUACGCGGCCAUGGUCGGCAUGCUCGUCUUCUUCGUCUGGACCAACGCAUCGUCGUUCUUCAACCUGCCGGUCCCUCGAGUGCCUGACCCUGAGACGCUCCUGUCGGAGAGGGCGACCAGGCAAGCGAUCCAAGGCGCGCACAGGAGGCUGUCCAGGUUGGUCCAGACGCUCUACGACAUCGCCUGCGGCAAGGACCUCAAAAUGUUCAUCCUGACGGUGUUGUCGCUGUACAUCGCGUCGGUGGUCGCCGACUGCUUCAGCUCCCUGACGCUCCUCUACCUCGUGGUGCUGGGCGCGAUGACGCUGCCGGCGCUGUACGAGCGGUACGACAGCGAGGUGGAUCACCUGGUGGCGCGAGGCGUGCACGACCUGCGGACCCACUUCGCGGACAUGGAUUCAGGCGUUCUCAGGAAGAUCCCGAGGGGGGCAGGCGCUGCAGCAGCCAAGUGAGAUGGAGAUCGAGCAGUGAGGAGGGCCCCGGCUGAAAACACGGCGCCAUCUGAUGUACUGAAACCGAAACUGGUCGAUCGAUACAAAGUGUAUCGAGCACCACGGAUGAGUAGCAGUAUACAAGUGUAUGUACUAAGUGUAUAGCUCAAACUGAAUGAAGAGCACAUGUCAAACUGACC